GUUGAAAAUGAAAAUGUGAAAGGAAAUUCGUGACAGGUAAAUGAAAUAAUUAUGAAUUACGCAAGGAGAUGCGUUGUUUAUUAAUUACACAUUUAGUUAGAAAUUUAGUAGCCUAUCAGAAUCAGUAUUACGUGAAGUGCGCUCCGUUAGUGCAUCUUUUUUCUCAACGAAUCCACAUCGAUUGUGUUUCAUUCAAGUCGAAGCCGGUUUGGGGAACAAAUAAGGAACACAGAUCCAUUAAAAUCAUUUUCAAGCAAGUCGUCAUGGCAGAUCCUCAAAUCGAAGAGAUAUUAGCUCCUCUGAGAGCCGACGUAAAAAGCCAGGGUGAUAUUGUUCGUCAACUAAAAGCCUCCGGUGCUCCUGAAUUAGAUGUUAAGAAAGCCGUAGCAGAAUUGAAGGUGAAGAAAAAAAUCCUAGAUGAUAAGGAGCUGGAGCUGACUCCCGCAGCUGCGUUUUUCAAUCGGGCUAGAAUGGAAGAUCUUUUGAAAAGACGAUUUUACUAUGAUCAGUCGUUUUCGAUUUAUGGAGGUAUCACCGGACAGUAUGACUUUGGGCCUAUGGGAUGUGCUAUUAAAACCAAUUUGCUUAACGCGUGGCGAAAUUUCUUCAUCUUGGAGGAACAGAUGUUAGAAGUUGAUUGUUCGAUUUUGACUCCUGAACCUGUUCUCAAAGCUUCUGGUCAUGUUGAUCGAUUUGCUGAUUUAAUGGUGAAAGAUACCGUUAACGGAGAAUGCUUCCGCCUAGAUCAUUUGAUUAAAUCGCAUCUAGAAAAACUGUGCGCCAGUAAAGACACUAAACAAGAAACUAUCCAAAGAUGUGAAAGCAUAUUAACCAAGUUGGAUGGGCUGAAUAAGAAUGAGCUUCAAGAUAUCUUGACCGAAUUCAAUAUUAUGUCACCUCUGACUGGAAACAAAUUAACCGAACCUAUCGAGUUCAAUUUGAUGUUUGGAACACAAAUUGGUCCUACUGGUCUUAUUAAAGGAUUCCUUCGACCAGAAACCGCUCAAGGUAUAUUUGUCAAUUUCAAACGUCUGUUAGAAUUCAAUCAAGGCAGGUUGCCAUUUGCUGCUGCACAAAUAGGAAAUGCAUUCAGGAAUGAAAUCUCACCUCGUUCUGGUCUUCUCCGAGUACGAGAAUUUACGAUGGCUGAAAUUGAACAUUUCUGUGACCCUGAGGAUAAAUCGCAUCCCAAAUUUGCAUCGGUAGCUGAUCAAGUCAUGCUGUUGUACAGCGCAUGUAACCAAAUGGAUGGUAAACCAGCGGAGAGAGUAAAAAUAGGAGAUGCCGUUCAACAGGGCAUGGUAGCCAAUGAGACUCUUGGAUACUUCAUGGCAAGAAUUCAUUUAUUCUUAGUCAGUAUUGGAAUUGAUCCAACGAAAUUAAGAUUCAGACAACAUAUGUCCAAUGAAAUGGCUCAUUAUGCGUGUGAUUGUUGGGAUGCUGAAUGUUUAACAUCUUACGGUUGGAUUGAAUGCGUUGGAUGUGCAGACCGAUCUGCUUAUGAUCUGAAACAGCAUACCAAAGCAACCAAAGUGCGAUUAGCCGCGGAAAAAAGAUUACCCGCUCCCGAAACCAUCGAUGCCACUCAGGCCCUCCCGAAAAAAGACGUUAUCGGCAAAACAUUCAAGAAAGAUGCUAAAAUAAUUUGUGAUAAAUUGAACGAUCUUAGUCUAAAUGAAGUAUUUGAUUUGCAGAAUGAAUUAAAUGAAAACAAGAAGUUUGAUUUAGUCGUCGGUGAUAAAACCUACGAACUAAAUAAAGACAUGGUCACUAUUCAGUCUGUAACGAAAACCGUCAACGUUAAAGAAAUUAUACCCAAUGUGAUAGAGCCAUCUUUUGGAAUUGGACGAAUUAUGUAUUCCUUAUUCGAACACAAUUUCUGUACUAGAGAAGGAGAUGAAAAUAGAACUUAUUUCUCUCUUCCUCCUGUAAUAGCCCCUCUCAAAUGUAGUGUAUUACCACUGAGUAACAAAAAAGAAUUCAGCCCUUUUGUUGAACAGCUAUCGAAAGAGCUGUUGAGGAAAGGAAUUGCUCUCAAAGUGGACGACUCAGCCGGAUCGAUAGGUAAAAGAUACACUCGUACCGAUGAAGUAGCUAUACCUUUUGCCAUCACUAUCGAUUUCGACUCGUUGCAAGAACCUCAUUCUGUAACUUUAAGAGAACGAGAUUCGACGAGACAGCUGCGUAUUCCAGUUAAUGAAGUAACCGAUGUAGUAAAACAAUUGAUCGAUGGAUCGUUAUCUUGGGUAGAAGCAGAAGGAAAGUACCCAAUUUUUGAGCAGCAGGAAACUACUAAAUAAUAAAUGUUCGUUUUUCUACUAUUUAUUUCCCUUAUGUGUUUGCAUAAGUUCAUCCGUAAUGAGCAUCAUAUUUUUCAAAUUUGAUUUUUUCAAAUAAACGUUUGUCUAAAUU